AUGCAGCAAACACAAAAUGCUUGGCCUCAAGUUUGUGUGCCAAGUAACACGGAACCUCCUAAACAAGUAAUCGCAAUCACUUUGAAAAGUGGUAAAGAACUAAAUAAAGAACCUCCUAAGACAACUAAGGAGGUGAAGGAGAUACCAUCACCACCUUUCACACAGAGACUUCUAAAAUCAAAGGAGGAUAUGUGCUUCAAGAAGUUCUUUGAGACCUUCAGAGAGAUUCACAUUAAUCUUUCUCUUUUAGAUGUAUUGCCGGGAAUGCCCAAGUACGCUAAGAACUUGAAGGAUGUGGUCUCUAAAAAACUUAAGCUGCAUGAUGUCGAGAUAGUUACGCUCAAUGAAGAGUGCUUAGGGAAAUCAAGAUCGAGAUUUGUGUUAUUCCAAUUGGCAGACCGGACCAUCGCCCAUUCUAAGGAAAUCACAAAGGAUGUUCUCAUCAAGGCAGAUGAAAAAGUGCCAGUCAUCUUAGGACAUCCAUUCUUGGUGAUGGAAGGAGUGUUGAUAGAUGUGAGAGAGGGUAUGCUCAUCAUGAGGAUAGAUGAUAAAAAGGUGGUUUUCAAAGUGUACAAACCACUCAAAACACUAUCCAACUACAAAGAUUUAUGCAUAAUUACAGUGAUUGAAGAGGAUAAGUAUGGGGUAGUGGAGUUUAGUCCACCAAAGACCUCUUUGGACUUCCACAUUGAGCAGCCAAGGCGACAACCACCCCAUCCUAAAAUAAUGCAGAUUGAUGAUCCUGAAAAAGCUAUUAUUGAGAGAGUUGAUGAGAAGUUGAGUAUCGAAAAACCUGAGCUAAGGAGUAUGGCAAAGACUAAGUGUCGAGUCCUCGGACCCUCUUGA